CGACGGGGCGGCCCUGGGAGGAGGCCAAGGCUUUCUACGACAACCUCGUCCCCAAGAAGAAGCCCAAAUCGCCAAAGCCCGAGAACGCCAUCACCAUCGCGGUGUCGUCACGAGCGCUUUUCCGCAUGGAGGAGGAGCAGAAGAUUUACAAUGAGCAAGGGGUGGAGGCCUAUGUGAAAUACCAGCUGGACCAUGAGAACGAGCCCUUCCUCCCUGGGGCUGCCUUCCCCUUCGUCAAGGCGCUGGAAGCGGUGAACACGCAGCUGCGCGAGCUCUACCCUGACAGUGAGGAGCUCUUCGACAUCGUCCUCAUGACCAACAACCAUGCCCAGGUUGGGGUUCGCUUGAUCAACAGUAUCAACCACUAUGAUCUGUUCAUCGAGAGGUUCUGCAUGACGGGAGGGAACAGCCCCAUUUGUUACCUCAAGGCCUAUCACACCAACCUCUACCUCUCCUCUGACGCUGAGAAAGUGAGUGGGGCCAUUGAAGAGGGGAUUGCUGCAGCCACCAUCUUCAGCCCCAGCAAAGACCUGGAGGUGUCGGAGAACCAGCUGCGGGUGGCAUUUGAUGGUGACGCCGUGCUCUUCUCUGAUGAGUCGGAGCAGAUCGUGAAGGCUCACGGCUUGGACAUGUUCUUUGAGCAUGAAAAGACUCACGAGAACAAGCCUCUGGCACAGGGCCCCCUGAAGGGCUUCCUGGAGGCCCUGGGGAAGCUGCAGAAGAAGUUUUAUUCCAAGGGGCUGAGGAUGGAGUGUCCCAUUCGCACCUACCUGGUCACUGCCAGGAGCGCGGCCAGCUCGGGAGCCCGGGCCCUAAAGACUCUGCGCAGUUGGGGCCUGGAGACGGAUGAAGCUUUGUUCCUGGCCGGGGCUCCCAAGGGGCCGCUGCUGAAGAAGAUCCGUCCUCACAUCUUCUUCGAUGACCAGAUGUUCCACGUGGAGGGAGCCAAGGAGAUGGGCACUGUCGCUGCCCACGUCCCCUACGGCAUCGCCCAGAAGCACAAGCGGCCGGUGCAGGAGAAGCAAACCCCGAACAGCAAGUAGCGGAGCUGGCUGGUCCCGCGGCCCCCGGUGUGCGGCACAGGCUUCACCCCGUGCACCACGCUCUGACCUGGGUUGUGGUCUGCAAGGCAGAGAGUGUUUGCCCUGGCGAGUGCAAGGUUAUUCCCCAGCGGGAGCCUUGUCGGGGGCACGGAUGGAGGAGGGGGCUGACGAAAGGCUUCCUUUCGCCUCUGUAUUCGUUGCAAUGUCGUGGUGUUGUCCCCAUUCCUUGUGGGGCCGGAGGUUCCCCUGCGCCGGGCAGCCCCAUGAGCCGUUUCCCUGUUCAUCCGCACUCUGCACUUGCUUCAGGCAAAACCCCUUGAGGAUGGAUCUCACCUUUUGUGGACUGUUUGUGCCAGGCAGGUUUAAUCUAUUGGCAUUUCUUUAAAACCCCAGGUAAUUCCCAAAGCCUUUGGGAAUUUACAAAAACCCUUCUUGCAGCUUUGAAACAAAAUGCUGUCCCUUUUAACUAAAAUUAAACCAUAAUAUUGUUCCUUCACAGACCCAGCCCCUGCUCCCCAGCCGGAAAAUCUUCCAUGUCUUUGUCCUUUGUCCUUUCACCAAGAUUUUGUCAGCUGAACAGCUUUCCUUUCAUGCACUAAGAUUUGGAAAAA